UUUUUUUUUUUUCCUGUGAGCUGUUAGUUGUUUUGUUCAGACAAGGUCUUACUGUGUAGCACAGGAUGGCUUCCAAUCAGCCUCCUGCAUGCAGGGAUGGGAAGUGAGAACCACCAUGCUCCCUCUAUGUAGUUAUGCCUUUGUCUCUUUUUCUAUGACCCGACAUCAUGCUUUUUAGUCUCUAUCUCUCUUUCCUUUCUGCAUAGCAUCUUGCUCGCUUGUCUCUAAGCACUCUCUCUGUGUCUCUGUGACUCUGUAAUGUGUCUCUUUAUUUGUCUCUCCUUCUUGCCCAGCCCUGACCAUAAAGUCUCCCUGUGUCUAUUUCUGUCUUUCCCUGCCACUUGACAUCUUGCUCCCCCUGGUCCCCUUUCAGGGCACCUUGUCCCUCCUUCCCAGCAUCAGCUCACCUCCAGCCUUCUCACCCUCCAGUCCCGCAAGCCUCUGCCUCCCCGUCCUGACCAGCUGGUUUUCUGCACGCCAGGCCCCUAGCGCCCGGUCCUUUCUAGCCUUGGCACCUGGAGCUGGGGGCCUCGGGCUCCGUCGGCUACACUGCACCUCCCUUUCCAGGGCUGGGCCCAGGGGUGCGGCCCUUUCUACUGCGGAGACCCCCCAACCAAACAUCAAACCAGUGGGAGCAAGUGGGUGGGGAAGAGGGAAGCAGGACCAGAGGUGAUGGAAGAGGGGGUGGGGAAGAAGACGAGAGGAGGUGGAGAUGGAAAGAGGGAGAGGCAGCGCAGGGUGAGGGAGGAGGUGAGAUAGAAGGAAGAAGGGAAGGCAGAGUCGAAUAGGGAGGAGGAAGAGGACAGAGGGAAGAAGAGAAGGCAGGGUGAGGGAGGAGGCGGAGGGAGAGGAGCGCACGCGGCGAGUGCGCGGCCGGGUUCGCUGGUUGAGAGCGAAGAAGGGGUGUGCAUUGGCACCGAGAGGGACCCGGGGCCGGCGAGGGCGAUCGCAGCUUCGGGAGGUAGAGCGAGUGCAGGGAGCGGGCCCAGGCGGGCGGAGGAGUGAGCGUCAAACGGGCUCUGGGGUACACGGUCCCAGCCCCUGUAUCCCGGGAGCUGGGGCUCCCGUUCUGGUGACAGCCAGGCUGGAAGUCCCAAGAGGAGGGGAGGGAAGAGCUAGGGGGUCGGGCGCUGGGAAAGGGUCGCUCCGAGGCCUCUUGGAUGGGGGGUGCCGCUCGCCUGAGCGCCCCUCAAGCGCUGGUACUCUGGGCCGCACUGGGAGCGGCAGCUCACAUCGGACCUGCACCUGAUCCCGAGGACUGGUGGAGCUACAAGGAGAAUCUCCAGGGAAACUUCGUGCCAGGGCCUCCCUUCUGGGGCCUGGUGAACGCUGCCUGGAGCCUGUGCGCUGUGGGGAAGCGGCAGAGCCCCGUGGAUGUGGAGCUGAAGCGGGUUCUUUAUGACCCUUUUCUGCCCCCGCUCAGACUCAGCACCGGGGGAGAGAAGCUCCGGGGAACCUUGUACAACACUGGCCGCCAUGUCUCCUUCCUACCUGCAUCCCGACCUGUGGUCAACGUGUCUGGGGGUCCCCUUCUUUAUAGCCACCGACUCAGUGAACUGCGCCUGCUAUUUGGAGCUCGAGAUGGUGCCGGCUCUGAACACCAGAUCAACCAUGAAGGCUUCUCCGCUGAGGUGCAGCUAAUCCACUUCAACCAAGAACUCUAUGGGAACCUCAGUGCUGCCUCAAGGGGCCCCAACGGCCUGGCCAUUCUCAGCCUCUUUGUCAAUGUGGCUGGCAGUUCCAACCCAUUCCUCAGUCGCCUCCUCAACCGGGACACUAUCACCCGAAUCUCCUACAAAAAUGAUGCCUACUUUCUUCAAGACCUGAGCCUGGAGCUCCUGUUCCCAGAAUCCUUCGGCUUCAUCACCUAUCAGGGAUCUCUCAGCACUCCUCCGUGCUCUGAGACUGUCACCUGGAUCCUCAUCGACAGGGCUCUCAAUAUUACCUCCCUCCAGAUGCACUCCCUGAGACUCCUGAGCCAGAAUCCCCCCUCCCAGAUCUUCCAGAGCCUCAGUGGUAAUGGCCGGCCCUUGCAGCCCCUGGCCCACAGAGCCUUGAGGGGCAACAGGGACCCCCGGCAUCCCGAGAGGCGCUGCCGAGGCCCCAACUACCGCCUGCAUGGUAUGCUUAGUGUGUCCCCUCCUUCUCCACGUCCUGAUAGUCUGCACUUAUUCCCAGUGGUUGUCUCAGUGUGAUACAUCCCUUGUCCUUUCUCACCUCUCCAUAUGGAACAGCCUGCUGCAGCCCACCCCUCUUUGCAGCUUAGUCUAAGGCCUGACACCCUGUUUUCCUUGUGGUACAAUUACAUACUGGUCCAUGCCCUCUGCCUACUGUUACUUGCCAAGAUGGUACGGUCCAGGUCACCUGUUUACAAAUGGUAUGACCCUACUUAGAGCUGUAGUCUUUCUGCUAUUCCCUUUCUGAGAAUCAGCGUGGUACAAUCCCUCUGUCUUUCUUACUGCCACUGUGGCUCGGCCCCGGGAAAUCGGUUAGUUUCUUGUCUGGUUUCUCAACAUGGUACAGCCCAGAAGACCAUAUCCUCUCCAUGUACCUUUAUGCAAACCAGCCUAUUCUGCACGUCCCAUGUGGCCUUCUUCCCUCCCUACAUGGUCUGGUCCAGGAGCUGAUCAUUCCCCCAACUUGGUAUAUUCCAUUCCCCCUUAGCAGCCUGACUAGUAGAGUCCUAUGUGCUCAGCUCCCACACCCCUCAAGCCGGUGCUUCCCUUUGCAGUGGACGGUGGUCCUCACGGUCGCUGAGACUCCCCAACGAGGAUUACGCCCGCCUGUUCUGAGUUUCCUCACCAGGGGAGGGGAUUCACCCCAAAACAAAGCUAUUAAAAGGACUGAAUGUUUCCGGUU